CGUUUUCAGCGUCGCUUUCGUUUCGCAUCCAUCCAACUGUGGUCCUCCUCCUCUUCUUGUUCUUCCUCUCGGCGGCGGCCACCGGAAGCUGCUUAACAACAAGCAGACAAAGCCAGAGAGUCAGUCAUGUAUGCAUGCCCACAUGCCCGCGUGCCUCACCGCUGCUGCCGUACUGAAGAUCCCCCGUGGCCCCCUGGAACAGCUGCACGCCCUCCUGGGUUGGCCCGAAACCCCCCUCACCCCCACCACCCCCACCGCCCUGCUGCGCAGCGCCAGCAGCAGCAGAAGAUGCUGCUGCUGCUGCUGGAACAGCUGCCCCCUCCCCACUCCCUUGGUGGCCAGUGGGAGCGCCGGUGCCGAAGGACAGCGAUGGUCCCGACAGCCGCCCCCGCCGUCCGCGUCUCCGCGAAGAGGGUGACGAUGAGGGCGAUGCCGAUGCCGCCCCUUCUGCUGCUCCUGCUCCUGCUGCUGGUGCUGCUGCCCCACUGUCCUUGUCGGCCUGCUGGGGUGGGCCGAAGAGGGGGGCGGACUGGAAGGACUGGAGCGAUGUCGGCGAUGCUGCUGCUGCUGCUGCUGUUGCCCCGAACAGAUGGGCGGACGGCGGGAGUUGAAAGGCGAAGGACGAAGGGCUGCCCUUGAAGGCCAGCUCGGAUGGCGGCCGUGGGGCGGCUCUGCCGGCGGUGUAGGUUCUGCCGAAGAUGAGGGGGGUGUCCCUGUCCUCGGCCUCCUGCACACAACACACGCAGGAAGCCACGCAUCGUGACGCAUACAUGAUGUGGGUCUGUCUGUCUAUCUGGUGUGUGCGCUUCCUUGCCUACACAGAUACAUACAUAUACUUACGCACCAUCCAUUCCCACUCCCGCCUGGUCAUGACCUCCUCCCAGCGGGCCGCGAUGACCUCCUUCUCGCGCCGGUCCUUGUCCUUGACGAACACCUGCCAGUCCUGCGGACAUCCGACACGCACAAUCAAUGAAAGGGAGUGGGAUGAAUGGAUAGCUGCACCUCUUGUGGUAUUGGGGAGAGCGGCAGCACGUCGCCUUGCCUCCAAGCCUGUCAACACAAAGACAACGCGGGACGGACAAAUAAGUCAUAUGCACAUCUGCACAUCUGACGCAUCACGAAGCCACGUACCAGCUCGACUGAGUGGUCGCCCCCUCCGUCGGCCUGGUCAACCAACACAUGACAGAGAGACAGACAGACAGACAGACAGGAGAGUGACACAUACAUGCAGCUAUAAAUCUGUGGGGUGAGGUGAGUGGGUGCCAAGGUCCCAUCUUACCUUUAGGACAAACUUGCGACGCAGCUCCAGGGAGUCCAUCAGGUGGGGCUGGUACUCCACGUCGCUAUCGGCGGCGCUGCCCAGCUGCCCACUCUGGCCCACUCCCCUACAGGCAGACACAUACGCACACAGACACAUACGGACACCAACGACAGGCACAAAUGACCGACCACAUGAGACAUGGUGGGUGACAGGCGACUUACCACGAGAAGAUGUCCCCUGUCUGGUUGGUGGCCACCGUGUGGGUCCUCCCGGCACCGACGGAGAGGAAGCGCACCCCCUGAGAGACACAGGCAGACAGGCAGAGAGCCAUAACAGUGACUUGUCCUUCGCCUGUGAGAGCUCACCUCGACCUUCCUGCUGCAGGGCACCGUCACGUCGACCAGGCGGUUGGAGACAUCGAGGCCCGUGUUCUCGCCUGCACUACAGAUACGCACAAACGAAUGCGUGUGUGUAUGGGGGUGGGUUUGAUGUGUACAUGUAUCCUCCGUGGCCACAUGUGUUGGCAUUGCGUCCUACCCUUGCCCCAGGUCAUGACGCUUCCGUCACGGAUGAGGGCGAUAGUGUGGAACUGCCCGCCACACAGGCUCACCACCUGCACACACACAGAGAUAGAUACCCAGACAGACAGACCACUUGCAGUCGCUGAUCAUCGGUCAUGUCCACACGUGUGGCUUACGUUCUUGUCGAACAGGGCCGGGAUCUCGGUGAGGCGGUCGACGGUGUUGGUCUUGGUGCUGAUGCCCACCUCCCCACACGAGUUGGACCCGCACCUGCAUCGACAACACACACGCGAGCCACACACCAAUGUUCGUGUGCAUGUGUGGGCCGCUGCCCGACCUUUCCCCACCCAUAAUGGCGUUUGCCGUCGUUGGCGGCCAACACCGCCGCCACGAAGGUGGCAUUGCCACACGCCCACACGCGCCUGAUGUCGGCCUCUUUGCCCAAUCCCAACCUGCACGUGACCAACACAAAACACAGAUGCAUCUUCGGGGUUGCCUAAGUGCCCUCCAUCUGUGGCGCCACUCACUGGUGUGUGGUGCGUCUGGUGGGGAAGAGGGCGGCGUCGAAUGCCGCGCGGUCAGUGGGGCCUGUGGCGGGCGGCUCGGGGAAGGUCAGCUGGGAGAAGUCGUUGGCCCCCCACACGUACAGCUGACACACACACACAAAUACAAACAGACAGACAGACAGACAUCGAUGGUGGAUAGUGUGUGUUGUGUGGUGGUACCACUUCCUUCGAGAGUGCAACGGUGUGGUUGUCGCCGCUCGCCAGCUGCUCCACGUCCAUCAGGCCGGGCAGGCGAUAGGGAUAGAGCUGCUUCUUGACCGCACCACCCACCUUGACGCCGAUGCGCUGGCCGUUGAAGACCUGCAGCGACAAAACCAACCGCACAGACAACGGUGCAAACUCAUGCACGUUUGUAUGCGUGUAUGUUUGUUUAGCUCGCUUACGGCAUGGUUGAGGGCUACGGCGAGGCCCACAGCGCCCUCAUCCGCCAAGACUAGCCUGGCCUUGCUGCACACACACACACACACACACGGGUGUGACGCGGAUGCUGUCUGUCUGUCUGUCUGUCCGCCCUCUUGCUCACCUCGUGUCGUCGGCGUCCCGUCGAAUGUGGCUCACUGUCGUCGGCAGCCGGCCCUCGAAGAACCCCCGCACUUGCUCGUUGGACGCCUCGGUGGGGAGGCCCGUGACGUCGAGGCGACGGCGGGGGAAGCCCUCGUGGCGGAACAUGGCGUAGCUGGCCUGCAUCCUCAGACACACAGACAGACACACAGGGACAUUAGUGGUUGGAUGGAUGUGUCUGGGGUGUUUGUGUGCGUGCGUCCCUCACCGAGUAGAUGCCCCAGAGGUACACGCGCCCGUCGAAACCCAGGGCCGCCGUGUGGUGGCCGCCGCAGGUGAUCUGAACGAACGGCCAUGAAGAAAUAUAUGAAGAAUGGCUGCAGUGGAUGGGCUGUGCCCCCAUCUCUGCUGCCCACCUUCUUGACCGGCACCGGCAUUUUCGCCACCAGCACUGCAUCCCAUCCACGCACACACACAAGAAGAGCAACAACAGCUGCUGUGGUGCUGUGCUGUGCUGUGCUGUGUGGUUGCUUGCAUGGUGCUCACUUGGCGUGACGUGGUCGCCGUCCCGGCCGAGCUCGCCGUUGUCGCGGGCACCUGACAGACAGACAGACAAGGGUCCGAUGUUACGCCGGUGUGCACACACCGACCGUGUUGGUCGACGAAUGCAAUGCCUCUCUCGGUCACUGCACUCACUACUCACUCACUACUUACCCCAGGUGUAGAUGACACCCUGAAAUGUCAACGCGGCCGAGUGGGCGUCACCCGCAGCGAUGUCCCACACGCCCUUGCCCUCCAACGACUGAGCAACACACACAUACAUCCACAGACAGACAGACACAGACGUUGAUUUGAUAGACAGUGUCCUUUCAUACACACAUGCACACGUGGCCGCAUAGAUGCGUGCGUACGGGAAUGAGUUUGGGCUUGCGGCGUUCAAAGAGGCCAGCCCUGAGGCUGUACCCACACUGGCCGAACUCCACUGAGUGAGCAGACAGACAAGACAGACAAUUAAGGCGAUAGACAGACAGACAGACAAACAAACCCACCCCACCGUCAUCCCAUCCACCUCUCCCCUCGCCCAUUGUGUGCACGUGCACUUACAACUGCCGUGUGAGUAAACAUCGCCCACGGGCACCAUCACGCCCAUCCCGGCGCUGGUGUUCUCCCAGGCUCCCAGCAACACGUCCAUCUGGGGCGCCGCCACGCCCGCGUUGCUGUUGGUGUUGUUGUCCUUGAGGGGUCGGCUGUGUGGGGGGCCUGGGGUGGGGUAGACCUUGGGCAAAAUGACGGCCAGGGCGCUGGAGACGGCUGCGGCCACAGCUACACACACAUGAAUGCACACAUGGGUGGGAUGGGUACGUGAUGGCAUGCUCCUUUGACUCGUUUGACUCACCCGCGAUGGCCUCUUCCUCCAGUCGCACGGUGCCGUCCUGACCCACACACACGCGGCACACAGGAGACCGACCGUACUCAAGUGGACAAACCAUGGCGUUUUGCAUACUUGUCGGCGUCUUGGCGAGUCCUCGAUGGCGAGCGGCCGUGGCCCAUCUUGGAUGGCCAGCAGCCGGGGGGACCCGCCGAACGUGAUACCUGCACGAUACGAUCAGAACGCUCAUGUACAUUCCACGUGUGAUGCGUUCGGCUUGGGAAUACUCACGCGGCCGAGGAGCCUCUUCUUGAAGUUGCCGGCGAUCUUGUGGGUGUGCCGGGCGGGCGUGGGGCUGAUGGCGGCCCUCACGCCGGCCGAAGAGGCCCUCCAUGGCCCGCAUGAUGCGCUCCUGCACACACACAGCCCAACACAAAUCAUACUUUUCCCAUCGGUCCGUCUCCGACCACCCACUGCCUCCCACCAGCCCUCGCCGUCUGUCCCUCACUGCGAUCUUGCCUCUUUGUGUGUUUUCUGACCUUGCAGCGCUGGAUUGUGAUGGUGGCCCACAGGAUGGCGCCACCGGUGGCGAGGGCGAGGGCGGCGCGGCGGCGGCGGUGGGCAUCUGCGAUGGCAAGGUGGCAGGUGCCAUGCACGAGGCACUUGGUCUUGCAGACCGGCACCAUUGCACACCCCGCCUUGAAGACACCGCCGAAAAUACUCUCGAACAGGAGCAUUUCGCCGAAAUUGAUGAAAAUUGAUGAAUAGAUAAGGUUGUCUCGCGUCCAGCGCCCGAAGCGAUCUGUCUCGUUGUCGGCUGAUGGGGGCUUCCAGGACAAGAUGAGUACAGCGAUAGACAGCCCACGCGACGUCGGUCCGGAUGCAGUCCUUUGCAAACGAAAAUGCGUCCUCCUUCUCGGCACCUCGAUCCGAUCCCACCAGCCAUCACCGACUUAUUCGCACUGCAAAGAGCGCCUCAGCAGGAUGAUGUGGCCGGAUGGCCGAGGUUCGCGGCCUGGCGGAUUUGAUGUCAGCGAUGUUGCCGCGCUGCCGAUGGCGAGCAGCGCCAUGGAGAGCGUGUGCAGGCCGCCGCCACCGUGGAAUCGUUGAGAUCUCUGGCCGCAAGCACCAGUCGCAGAACCACACACGAAAUAGCGCAGAUCGGCCCAUCGGAUGUAGAUCUUCACCUGCAGGCACACACAGCACAGGCAGGAACAUUGGCAGUGUAAUGGCG